AUGAAGUCAAUUAAUGAUAAUGGGAUUAAAAUUUCUAACAAGGAAGAGUUUAUAUAUUACCUAAAAAUAUUAAACCAAAUUGGAUUUUACGACGAAAUUAUUUCAUUAAUCAAAUCAGUUAAUGUGGAAGAUUACAAUUUAAAUUAUGCAGAGUCUAUGUUAAUGGGCACUUCAUUCAAAAAUGCUUUAAAUGUUAAGAGAAAGGAAAAAACAACACUGGAAAAUGUAAUAAAAAAUGAAGAAUCCAGCGAAGAAGAAAAAAAAUGUGGCGAGCUGCUAAAAUUAAAGAUAAAUAAAGAUAUAAGAACAAUUGAAAGAGACACCUAUGUUGUCAUUAAAACAAAAUGUAUUCCUAAAACAGUAGAUGAAAAAAUAUUAAUGUUCUAUUGGCACUUACUUGGAGAUAUAAUGAGAUAUAGUACUGAUGCAUUUAGCAUUGAAGACAAAAAUAGAGUACAAGAAAGAAGCUUGCAGGCAUAUUCAUACUCUCUAAAAUAUGCUAACAAAAUGAAUCUACCUCCUUCCAAUCCACGAUUAUUAGAACUUUUAGUUAGCUUAACAGUUCUACAUAAGGAUAUGGAUACUCAGAUACAUGAUCCCAUAGAAAUGGCCGCGCAAGCUUUUAGAGAUGCAAUUCAAAAUAUGCAUCUUUUAGAGAGCGAUGAAGAAUGCUCAAAGACAAUUGCUAUAUUAGGAAUACUAAGAGAUAACAUAAAUAAAUGGUGUAAAAUUAGCAAAAGAAAAAACGUAAAUGCUUUAUUUGAAAUUAAGGGGGAAUAUUCUAACAAAUACGAAGACAUUGUAAAUAGUAUUAAUACAUAA